AAGAGAGAGAGAGAGAGAGAGAACAGUGGGGGAGAAAGAGAAGGCUUUUCUUCUGCUGCAUUUGUUUGCGUGCCGGUGAGUACCCGGCUGUGUAACUUGAUAGGAGCCCCUGGAUUGGGGUAAGGGAAUGUCGGACUGCAAUGGAGCAGAAUGCAAUCCAGUGGUUGGGCGCCCCCUGCUGCCUGCGCGGCUCCUUUGCUUUCUACAAGUCCUUCACCUGCAGUGCCCAGGAUGGUCGCCGGGCGGCGGUGUGGAGGCUCGGGGAGUUCUACUUCGUACGCUGUGCGCCCCAGGAACCCGCGUGCAUUGCCGAGCUCACUUUGCUCUGGGAGGACCGGGAGCAGCGCCACCAGCUGGCCAGUUCACGGCUCUACUUUCUACCUGAAGACACGCCAAAAGGGCGCAUGGGAGAGCAUGGGGAGGAUGAGGUGCUGGCCGUGUCGAGGAAGAUCGUGAUCCGCGUGGAAGACCUGGUCAAGUGGGCGUGUCUUGAGCCGGCAGGGUGGAAGGCGAGGGGCUACAAUCACAGCAUGAGGAGCGGCCUGAAUGGGGAGGCCGAGUCACCCAAAGACGACCCGCAAGGCGACAAGGCUGACGAGUCCCAGGAUCAGAGGCACGUGAAGGUGCUCAGCUACCCCCAGUACUGCCGUUUCCGCUCGCUACAGCGCCGCAUCCAGGACCGGGCCGGGGCCCCUUUGGACCCGCACCUCCUGGCCCUGGGCGGGAUCCGGGCGGCUCUGCGCCACACGCGGGUGCUUUACUGCCGGGACACCUUCAACCACCCGACGCUGGACAGCAAUGCCAGCGUGUGGACCCGGCUGGGGUGCACCUCUCUCAGCCUGAAGGGCCGGGCCCGCAAGCGUCGUGGUCGUGACGGAAAGGGCCCCGAAUCUCAGAACCACAGCCAGUCGGUAGCUUCCUGGAUCGACAAAAUGAAGGAGAGCGUGAUGGGCAGUGUGGAGCUGCCAUGGGAGGGGGGCUGGCUCCCCCACCCCGAGGAGCAGCACUUUCUGGACCAGCUUUACCUCUUCAUGGAGAGUAGAGGGUCUCCUAUCAACAAGGUGCCCAACCUGGGCUUUAAGAAGAUCGACCUCUUUCUGCUCUACUCCGUCGUGAAGAGGCUCGGAGGUUAUGAGCAAGUGACCACGCAGCGGCUCUGGAAGCAGGUGUAUAAUGAGCUGGGGGGGAGUCCGGGCAGCACCAGCGCUGCCACCUGCACCAGGAGGCACUAUGAGAAGCUCAUGCUGGCCUACGAGCAGCAUUUAACUGGAAGCGGUGGGGGGAAGCCAGGGCCCCAGCGGGCCCCAGCAGCGGCUCCGUGCGGGAGCGGCGAGCAGCAGAAGGCGAGGGCGCCCCCUGUCGUUCACAAGAAGAGAGUUGGCGGCUCACCCUGUCAGGAGGGCAAGGUGGGAGCGAAGGGCGUGGAGGUUCGGAGGAGGGGUAGACCAAACCGGCGGCAGGUUCGAGCCACGGCGAAAGCCCGGCAGUUGGGGACCUCCCCUCCGAAGGCCUGUCCCCCCUACUCCCAGGGCACGCCCCCCCAGGACAAACCCCUCCAGCCUCCCCCUAUGCCGCUGCAGCCUGGAUUCCCCUCUGCGCCAGAUGCAGGAGCCCACGGGGCAGUGGGGGGGGUGCAACCUGCAUCCUUACCCCCCCUUCAGCCAAAAACCGAGCUGGCUCUCGGACCCCUCUCCCUCCACAAAGGCUUCCACCCUCUUGAGCUAUUCAAGGCCCACCUGGGGCUGAGUGGUGAGGAGUGCCUCAGCUCUGCUCCCCAGCCAGUGGGCUCCGCUCUUCGGCCCCCUGUCCUGUUCAUCCAGGCCAAAGCGGGCAUCCCCGCUGAAAACGGCGGGGCUCAGAUCGGAGGACCAGUUGAUGCUAGGAGUCCAAUGGGAUCAUUCCAGAUCAUUCCGCUCGACAACUUGCAGGUACGAAAGCUCAUGCGGGCCCGGAUGGGCCCCUCCGAGCUGAACUCCUUCACCAGGAAGCUGUUGGCCCAGGACCUCAGCAAGGUCUGCAGACCCUCUUGCCCCCAGCCUGGGGCACCGGAGCAGCUGCUGCCCCUCAACCUAAGCAAGCGUGGGAGUGUUGAUUCUGAGCGACCCGAUGACAUGGCUAAGAAGAUGAGAUCAGACUGGGCCAGCUCCGGUGGCCCCGGGCUGGGCCUCAAGGUGACCAUACCCGGCAUACUGGCUCCACCGACCCAGGAGGAGCCGGCGGACUUGAGCUCUCCCAGACGUGCUAGAGCCUGUGUCCAGGAAUGGGCCAACCGCUCCGCUGGGUCAGGCGGUACCACAGGGGUCGCAGAAAGCUCGGCCGAGGUGCAGGGACACCCGGAGUGUGUGAAACCAGAAAACGACCGCGUUGAUCCGCGAGGUUGUCCCAGUAACAAGAUGACUGAUGUCAAAAUGUCCCCCCCCGAAACACCUCCCAACCCCUGUCUGGACCGGAUCUGCUGGCCCCCACCCCGAUGUGGCUGCGUGGACGCACACGCAGCCGUACCGUACCACUGAACUCAUAACACACAGAGCCCCCCCCCCCCAAUCUGAAUGCACAUAUAAAUAAUUAUUCUAAUAGCCGCUGUCUGUUUUUAUAAAUUAUUUCAUAGAUGUUUUGAUCCAAAGCAACUUGGUUUUAUAUUUUUGGAUGUUUAUACUAUUGCGAUUCAGGUUUGAAGAUUCUUCCUCAUAGUUACUGAAGCCCUUCCUGGGACUUGAACCAGUAACCUACCGGGAACAAGCUUUCACCGCCGUGCCACCCAUGGCUAGCCUUUGCUGUACUGUUCAUCGUUUGACUUUCCUGCUCGACAGUGAGUCGGCCCUUAAACAAGGACCUCGUUCAUUAAGGUUCCUCUUUCUCCUGUAAGGGUUACUCUUUUUUUAAAAAAAAAAAAAUAAUAUCACUGUAUAAAUUUGUCUGUGGCCCAGAUAUCGUUAUUUCCAAUUUAGGUUGCCCUCAGGGCCGUCUGUACUCACGUGUGAGGCCGGUACAGAUAUAGGUGGGCUGCCUCGAUAUUUGGUGAUACAUGUGGCGUUUCUUCACAUAACUUGCAUCCUGCUGUAAGGACAUUUUGUGGUUUGAGUUAAGAGCAAAUAACCUGCCCAACCACAACGACUCACAGGUCCUGUAAGCUCCUUGCAUUUCAAUUCCUGUUUCAAGAUUAGGCAGAGAUUGUGUUAUGUGUGUGUUUUUUUUUUAUUUUUUAUUAACAACUCAGUACAACACUGCUGGUCUCCCGCAUGCUGAACACAGACAUUUGUAUUUAUAACCGUUAUUUAUUGGUUAUAUCUUAAGGCCACGUUCUGCCGAUUGCCACGAAGUUGGACAAUGGUGUCGUUGAUUGGAGAAAUGCGUAACUUAACGUAACUUAUUUAUUCUUCAUUGAGUUUUACGCACUUAAAUAUUUAUUCCCUUCAUGCCAUCCUCGCGCGUGCGCUCCUUUUCGUGCAGUGGCGGGGGGCCGUUAUGACUCCGAGCUCGUGUGCGGUCUAACCGCGAGGCAAACUCAGCCGCAGCAAUUAUGGUUUACAACUUAACGUUAAGAACGCUAUUUGACUAUACAGGCUCCGCUAACAUGCUAGCGGAGGCUUGAAGGUAGACAUACUGCUUAAUAUGUAUAAUUAUUAUUUUGAAGUAACGUACUACUUUACAGUAAUUUUCAGAUAGAAAAGAGUUAUUCAAGAGUUUGAUUUAAAUGCCAUACCUGUUUUCCUUUUCAGCUCACGAACUAUUUCUUAUUGUGUGAUUUAUGUUUAUUUUGUAUUUAAACUCUUUAUUUAAUAUUUCAAGUUGUAGCCUUUUGGUGUUUUUUUUUUUUUAAUUGUCCGUUUAUGUUCAGUUAUGCAUGUGAUUGAAAGUGGGAUUGUGUGCGUUAGUCAGUGGGAUAUAACUGAGUUACGAUAUAGAUUUAAUAGUACCAGGUCAAAACAAGCCAGGAGAUCUCAAAAGCCGAGGUGUGUUACAGUAUACAUGGUUUUUUUUUUUUUACACGAUUACUUUUCACUACUUGAACAACAGACACUAAUUUUGGACAAUCUGCAUCUCUCUAAACCUGUGUAUCAGUAUGUUCCCCUUUCGCCUACAUUCCUUUCUUGUACAGACAAAGACUCGCCCGAGUUCGUUGGACUCGCGGGCCCACGGUUAUGCAAUAUGUAACAGUCGUCAACGUUUAAAAUUUUGUUAAAAGGUGGUUAUUUUUAUGUGCAUUAACACUGUAUAUUUAUAUUAAAUUUUUAUCUGUU